UCGUACCAAAUGUACUGAUGUAUAAAAAGUUGCGGAAUUUGAAAUAUAACAGUAGCUUAGCUGAGGUAACUUACUCACUGCAACGAUGCCUAUGAGAUCAAGUUUUAAAAAAUGGGCAACGCGACUUACUGCAUUAGGUGGUGCAACAUUAUUUUAUUGGAAUGUUUGUGGUAAUAAAGAAUUUCUGCAAGUGCAAAAUUCAUGGACAACGAAUUCAAACCCGUCGGUGAAAUGGAAUCACAACUGGGAUAGGCGAGAUCCAAAAAGUCUAGUGAAGCCGAUGAAAAUAAAGAGUGAAAGUGAUGAAAAUUUAUACAACAAGGAAUUAUCAUUGAAAAAGGCUAAAGCUACUCGGCACAUAAUUUUGAUACGUCAUGGACAAUACAAUGUCUCAGGCAAAACAGAUCUGGAAAGAACACUUACAGAACUUGGUAAAAAGCAAGCUGAUGCUACAGGAAGAAGAUUACAAGAAUUAGGUUUUCCAUAUACUUUGAUUGUACGAUCAACAAUGACCAGAGCUCAAGAAACUUCUAAAAUUAUAGAAGAAAGUCUUAAGAAUGUAAAUGUACAGGAUGAUUCAUUCCUUACUGAAGGUGCACCUAUACCACCUGAACCACCAAUUGGUCAUUGGAAGUCUGAAAUACAUUUUCAUGAAGAUGGACCUAGAAUAGAGGCUGCAUUCAGAAGAUAUUUUUACCGUGCUGAUCCAUGUCAAGAAAAAGAUUCUUACACUAUUAUUGUUUGUCAUGCAAAUGUUAUUAGAUAUUUUGUAUGCCGGGCACUACAAUUUCCACCUGAGGGUUGGUUGCGUUUAAAUUUAAGUCAUGCAAGUAUUACAUGGAUUUCUAUUCUACCAAGUGGGAGAGUCACAUUAUGGUGUUAUGGUGGUACCGGGCAUAUGAAGCCAAGUAUAAUCACAUCUAGUUAAAAUCAAUAUUACUGCUUAUUUUGUACUAUAAACAUUUAUAGCCUUUAAAUUUAAUAUUAUUUUGAAGUAAUAAGAUAAACAAUAUACAUUCAUAUGCAUUUCUUUUUUAUUCACAGAAAUAGUAUUUAUUUCCUAAAACAUGAAUACUGACCACUUAUAAAUGAUGCUUGAAAAGAGUUAAAAUUUAAGUUGCUAGAAUUUUCGCCCUCUUAUAAUUAUUUGUUAAAUAAUCAAAAUUUAUGUAUACACUUAAGAUAGUUCAAAGACUGAUAAAAAGUAUUUAUGUAUACACAAGGUUUUAUCAAUAAGUACUCAACCAGAAGGCAAUCACAUGUAUUAUAGUAACAUUCGCAUUAGAUAUAUGCAAAUUUUUAAUUUACAAAAUUACAAAUAUCCACCUACAUUAAUUAUACACAUUAUCUGUACAGUAUGCAUUGUGUACUAAAUAUCCUACAU